CACCGCCUGGUGCUGGUGGGCGGGGGAAGGAGCCCUGCCUGCGGCAUAGUCUGCUCGCCUGCCGGACGGAGGAGCCCGCGCUCGGGAUGGGGAGAAGCGACUGGCGUGGCGGCGGCGUCGCACCGGAGGAGAUUUUGAAAGAAGACAGAUACACAGUGGAAUUACUUUUGCAAACCACAGGAAGAAAUGUGAUUUAUUUCUUAAAACGAAGAGAAAGAACCAACCUGCAAAAAGACUGAUUAUAGCUAAAACUAGCUAAGAAUUCCUGGUUUUUUUCAAUAUAAAGCUGCCAUAGUAUUUAAAAAUUAUCUUCCAAAGAGUCAUUUGCACUAAUAUUAAAGAAGAAGAAAAGGUGAAAUGCUAUAAGAUUGUCCAUAAGUAUUUGUAUGGCUUAUCAUCAUAAUAUUACAUGAUCUACUCAUCAGAACAAAGUUUUUCACAUUUUAUUUUAUCUUUAUUUUUUAAAAUAAAAAGAGCAGAUGCGAUAUUGACUUAAUGCAAUCUGAAGACUUGGACUUCUGAACACAAUGCCGUAACUUAAAGGCAAUUGCCAGGACUAGGUUUGCUUUGCUUGGAAUCCUUCAGCCUUAUUUUAUAAACACUGUUUCCUAAAUAAUGGCAUGGGUAAAGUUCUUGAGGAAACCUGGAGGAAACCUUGGAAAAGUAUAUCAACCUGGAAGUGUGAUGUCUUUGGCGCCUACCAAGGGCUUGCUAAAUGAACCAGGACAAAACAGUUGCUUUCUUAAUAGUGCUGUACAGGUUUUAUGGCAACUUGACAUAUUUCGGCGAAGUUUAAGAGGUCUAUCAGGACAUGUUUGUCAGGGUGAUGCCUGCAUAUUCUGUGCUUUAAAGACUAUAUUUGCACAGUUCCAGCACAGUCGAGAAAAAGCACUCCCAUCAAAUAAUAUGAGGCAUGCCUUGGCUGAAAGCUUUAAAGAUGAACAGCGAUUUCAACUUGGUUUCAUGGAUGAUGCAGCAGAAUGUUUUGAAAACAUCCUUGAGAGAAUUCACUAUCACAUAGUGCCAAGCAGUGAAACAGAUAUGUGUACUUCUAAAUCCUGCAUUUCCCAUCAGAAGUUUGCUAUGACAUUAUAUGAACAGUGUGUAUGUCGCAGUUGUGGAGCAUCUUCAGAUCCUUUGCCUUUCACAGAAUUUGUGCGUUACAUUUCAACAACAGCUCUAUGCAAUGAAGUUGAUAGAAUGUUGGAAAGACAUGAGCGGCUCAAGCCUGAAAUGUUUGCAGAACUGCUUCAGACUGCAAAUACUACUGAUGACUUCAGGAGCUGUCCUAGUAACUGUGGCCAAAAAAUCAAAAUCCGACGUGUUCUCAUGAAUUGUCCUGAAAUUGUCACAAUUGGCUUAGUUUGGGAUUCAGAACAUUCUGACCUAACAGAAGAUGUCAUCCGGAAUUUGGCAACACAACUUUAUCUUCCAGGGCUGUUCUAUAGAGUUACAGAUGAAAAUGCCAAAAAUAGUGAGCUUUAUCUCGUGGGGAUGAUUUGCUACGCAAGCAAACAUUAUUGUGCCUUUGCCUUUCAUACCAAGAGUUGCAAAUGGGUGCUGUUUGAUGAUGCUAAUGUGAAAGAGGUUGGAACAAAAUGGAAAGAUGUGGUGUCCAAAUGCAUUCGGUGUCACUAUCAGCCAUUGCUGCUGUUUUAUGCAAAUCCAGAUGGUACACCUGUAUCAACAGAAGAUGCACCAAGGCAGACAAUUCACUGGUCUCAUUAUAAAGCCUGUGCAGGAAAUGGAGAAGAACUUGGAUUUGAAAAGUCUGCUUUUUCUAAGUCAGAUCGUGCGAAAGAGAAUGGGUUUGGAGAAUCAGUUACUCAGAAGAGCACUAAAAAAUAUCAGCCAGAUGACUCAACUUUUAGUCGAAACCAUGUUCAGUCUGGUGGUGUCAGAGGAUCAGCUAAAUUAGGGCAUAAUGAACAUAGGGAAAAGGCAAAGGAUCUUUCCAGAGAGUGCGCUCAGAAGGUAGCCGAGAUGAAAAGCUUCUCAUCCUCCCUACGAAAAGACACUGAGAGAGGAUCAAAGAGAGAAUCUGGAAAACAGAGAGAUCUAUCUGGAGAGGUCCGCACCAAUUUUAAGCCAGGAUCGCCACCUUCUGGGAAUGGAUUUAAGCAGCAUUCUAAUGAACGUGUGUAUGGCAGUCAGGGAAAAGGACCUUACAGACAUGAAAAAGUACAUAACCAAAUCAGACCCACUGCACAAGUGUUGGGCUCAAACAAAACAGAUGGUUUUUCUGAUGGAGAGAAGAUGAGCCGUGUUAAGACUGACAGCACCACUGGUUAUGAUACAGACAGUAGCCAAGACUCCAAAGACAAGGGAAGCAUCAGUAGCAGCAAAAGUCGAAGCAGAGGUUGGAAGCCAAUGCGAGAGACACUAAAUGUUGAUAGCAUCUUCAGUGAAUCUGAGAAAAAAGAACACAGUUCAAAGCCCAAAUUAAAUGCAAGCAAUAAACCUAAACAUGAAAAGGAGCAGAGUUCAAACAACUGGCCAAAAGAAACUCGAAGUCAAAAAGGCUUGGUGACUAUCUAUGAAGAUGAAGCAAAACAGAAAGGGAGCCGGAGUUCGUUGGAUUCAGAAGGGAAAGGAAAUGCAGAAAAAAGUGUAGGAUUUACAGAGAGGAAAACUCAUACUGAUAGUUGGCAGAUACAAAGGACUGAAUCUGGUUAUGAAAGCAGUGAUCAUAUAAGCAAUGCAUCUGCUAAUCUGGAUUCACCUGUCAUUGAAGGAACCAGCCCAGUAGAUACUACCACAGUUAAGGAAGCUGUUUCCUGCAGUGACCAGUUAAUCAGAUAUUCUGGGUGUAUCUUGCAGUCUACCUCCCAGCUGAACAAAAACUCUUCAGAUGCCUUGAAGAAAGACCAGGUUAAUACUCAUAUGAACUAUAGAUCUCAUAACCUACCUUCAACAUCUCAUCUGCAUAUGCAAAGGACUGACAUACCUGAUGGCAAUAAGAAGCUUUUUCCUUCGUUAACACUACAGACCGCUUUAAAAGACCACUCUGAGAGAGAAAUGAAGAACAAUGCACUUAGUGAGCAAAGCUCUGCACAGUGGCCUACUGAAGAGAUACUUGAUGAAACAAACAUAGCAGUACACAGUGCUGAUAAUUCAGCUUCUUACAAUGGCGAGAACUUAACCAUGUCUGAAAAGGUUCAGAACAGCGAGUCUUUCUCUUCCCAUUUGCAGUUGCCUCAUACAAGGACAGUUAGACCCAGGCCAGCGCUUGCAUUUUUCUUACAACAGAAUAUAUCCAAACCUUCCUAUACUGAAUCUGCUGCACCUGCUGAACGUAAACUUCAUUUGUAUAGUAGUAGGACUGAUGAUGACACACAAGAAGCGAUUUACCAAAAUCUUCCUCCUCCUUUACCACCAAAGAAAUAUGCUCUCACUGGUUUGCAUGGAUUAGAAUAUGAAUCUGCUGUGGAUUUAAAACCAACAGAAGUACCGGGCACAAAUCCUUCCAGUGUUGAAAGGCAUGUUGCAAGAGUAACUUCAAAGACUGGACCGGAAGCAAGUCCAUUUACACAUGAAGAAAGACUUAAAUCAUUUCAUGGGAAUGAGUCUUCCAAGAUGAAUUUUCCAUCAAGUUUAUCAGUAAACGAUCUGCAGGCUGUAUCCAAUAAUCCUAUACAUAAGGGAGCUUGCCUCACAGGACAAGGUGCUAGCUCCCUGGAUGUAAAUGCCAAUGAUAUUGUAUCUCUUACUACUUACUUUUCAGUUGACAACUGUAUGACUGAUACAUACAGGAUGAAAUACCACCAGAGACCCAAGCUGUAUUUUGCAGACACUGGCGUGUUAAACAAAGAGACACACUUGCCACCAAGUGGAAUACAGAUGAACACUUCAUACCACAGUAAUUCUGAAUCAACUUAUCCUACAACUGAUCAGAGACAUAAACCCAGCAUUGGAAAUAUAUAUUGCAAUAGGUAGAAUAGGCAACCAUUGAGCAUAAAUGCUUGGCGCCCCAACAUGUUGCAAUGUUUAGGUUUCUGUACCUCACUUAUACUUCAUUUAGAAGUUACAGCUAUUGAAUGAUGGUUUUGCACAUGCAUGCGUGUUUAAGAGAGAUACAAAGACUUUUGGACCUGUUACUUUUGUGCUUUAACAAGAUUUGCACUCAUUAUAGGCUAAUGCAGAAUUAUUCAGCCAGCAUUGUUACACUUUUAAAAUUAGAAUCUACAAGAAAUCCCCUUUAAACUGGCAUUCGUUUGAUAAAUAGGAAUAGUUUGCUUUUUGCAACUAAUGAAUGCUGCACCUUUUUAAUAUG